ACUCAUUUUAAUGUUAUUUUAAACGCGAGGGGUGGGUUUCCUCAGACACCUAUCUUGACCAACUUGGUUGACGUUAGCUAACAACAGCCAGUAAACAUCACUUGCUGAUUGAACAUGUUUAAAAUAACCCUCGAAUAUUCAUUAACAAGUUCAUUUUGAAUUGCCAGCUUGUUUUCUGACGCAGUGGCCUAAAUUGAUUAACGUUGAGGCUAGCUGAUCUUCUCUCAAGAGCUAGCGUACUGCUCAUUACAAUAUUUAUAAUUGGCAACGUUGCCUUUGUUUCAAUUGUUGCUGAAUUCGAACAUAUUGGUGUCCAGAUCCGUUCAGAAAAAAAUAUUGUAUUUGUUUGUUAGUGGUGUUUGUCUUUAUGCCACAGCGGUAAUUGCCAGGUUGCCAGACCUGGUUGGGGCUUGUUUGCCGGUUGAUGCAUAGAGUAAAGAGGGUGAAACUUGAAGAAGAAGAAGACGAAACAGAAGGUCGUUGGAAAAGUGUUCCCCUGGAUCUCAGCUUUGCAGCGGUCAGGAUGAGCGGGGCUGACGAGCUCUCAGAUAGCACGGAGGUGGUCGAGAUGGAGGACGUGCCCUCCCAGUUCCUUGUGGAGAAGCACACGUGGGAAGGCCUGCGCGAAAUCAUCCACAACAGCCGCAAGUACUCCGGGGUGAUUAUCAACAAGGCGCCUCAUGACUUCCAGUUCGUGCAGAAACACGAUGAGUCAGGCCCCCACUCGCACCGCCUCUACUACCUCGGAAUGCCCUAUGGAAGCAGGGAAAACUCGUUACUAUACUCAGAAAUUCCAAAGAAGAUUAGAAAAGAAGCCCUCUUGGUGUUGUCCUGGAAGCAGAUGUUAGAUCACUUUCAGGCCACUCCGCACCAGGGUGUCUACUCACGGGAGGAGGAGCUGCUGAGGGAGAGGAAGAGGCUGGGGGUCUUCGGCAUCACCUCAUACGACUAUCACGCUCAGAGCGGCCUCUUUCUGUUCCAGGCCAACAACAGCCUUUUCUACUGUCGCGAUGGGGGACACAACGGCUUCAUUGGUUCCCCCAUGAAGCCAGUGGAAAUCAAAACCCAGUGCUCAGGGACCCGCAUGGACCCCAAAAUCUGCCCUGGAGAACCCACCUUCAUGGCCUUCAUCAACAACAGUGACCUGUGGGUGGCCAGCAUUGAGACGAGCGAGGAGCGCCGUCUUACCUUUUGCCAUAAAGGGCUGAAUAAUGUCAAGGAGGAUCCAAAGUCUGCCGGCGUAGCAACGUUUGUGAUCCAGGAGGAGUUUGACCGCUUCACGGGAUACUGGUGGUCUCCAGUUGCCACAGAAGAUGCUGAUGGAGGAAAGAUCCUGCAGCUGCUGUAUGAGGAGGUGGACGAGUCCGAGGUGGAGAUCAUCCACGUCCCUUCCCCCGCUCUGGAGGAGCGCAAGGCUGACGUCUACAGAUAUCCACGCACAGGUAGUAAAAACCCCCAGAUCACGCUCAAGCUGGCCGAGAUCAGGACUGACCACCUGGGCCGAAUCAUUAGCACCCAGGACAAAGAGCUAGUCCUUCCCUUCACGACUCUCUUCCCCGGAGUAGAGUACAUCGCUCGAGCCGGCUGGACCAAAGACGGCAAAUACGCGUGGGCCGUGUUCCUGGACCGCAGUCAGCAGCACCUGCAAGUGAUGCUGAUACCACCAGCCCUCUUCAUCCCCGUCAGCGAGGAGCACUCCCAGUGGCAGGAGCGCGCAGAGGCUGUGCCUGAGGGCGUCCACCCCUACAUCGUCUACGAGGAGUUCACUGACAUCUGGAUCAAUGUUCAUGAUAUCUUUUACCCUUUCAUCCAAACGAGUGAUGAUGAGUUCACUUUCCUGUGGGUCAACGAGUCCAAGACAGGCUUCUGCCACCUGUACAAGAACACCACCCAGCUGCAACAUGGCAGCUACCAGUGGGCCAAGGACUAUGCCCACUCCGAUGAUGACUUCAAGUGCUCCGUCAAGGAAGAAGUGACACUGACCAGUGGAGAGUGGGAGGUUUUAGCUAGGCACGGCUCCAAGAUCUGGGUGAAUGAGGUGGCUAAGGUGGUGUUCUUCCAGGGCACCAUGGACACGCCACUGGAGCACCAUUUGUAUGUGGUGAGCUAUGACUCACCGGGGGAGAUCGUCAGGCUCACCAAGCCAGGCUUCUCCCACAGCUGUUCCGUCAGUCAGAGUUUUGACAUGUUCGUCAGCCAUUACAGUAACGUCAGCACCCCUCCCUGCGUGCACGUCUACAGGCUGACUGGCUCCGAGAGUGACCCCUUGCACAAGGAGCCUGAGUUUUGGGCCAGCAUGAUGGAGGCCUCCAGUUGCCCGGCAGAUUACGUUGCACCAGAGAUUUUUAACUUCCCAGCAAAGUCAGGGUUUGACCUCUAUGGAAUGUUGUACAAGCCACACAAUCUGAUUCCUGGGCGGAAACAUCCCACAAUUUUGUUUGUCUAUGGAGGACCUCAGGUGCAGUUAGUAAAUAACUCAUACAAGGGUGUGAAGUACCUGCGUCUCAACACCCUGGCAUCUCUAGGCUAUGCAGUGGUGGUCAUCGACGGCCGGGGGUCAUGUCAACGGGGCCUCAAGUUUGAAGGAGCACUGAAGAACAAGAUGGGCCAAGUGGAGAUUGAGGACCAGGUGGAGGGCCUGGAGUACGUGGCUGAGAAGUAUAAGUUUGUGGACAUGAGUCGUGUGGCUAUCCACGGCUGGUCUUAUGGGGGCUUCCUGUCCCUCAUGGGACUCAUCCACCGGCCCAGCGUCUUCAAGGUGGCAAUAGCGGGUGCGCCUGUGACUGUUUGGAUGGCGUAUGACACCGGCUACACCGAGCGCUACAUGGACGUGCCUGAGAACAACCAGCAGGGCUAUGAGGCCGGAUCUGUGGCCCUGCACGUGGACAAGCUGCCCAACGAACCAAACCGGUUGCUCAUUUUACAUGGAUUCCUCGAUGAGAAUGUGCACUUUUUCCACACCAACUUCCUGGUGUCUCAGCUAAUCCGUGCUGGAAAGCCAUAUCAGCUGCAGAUCUAUCCUAACGAGAGGCACAGCAUCCGCUGCCCAGAGUCAGGAGAGCACUACGAGAUAAUGCUGCUGCACUUCCUGCAGCAGCACCUGUGAUGGCGCUGACGCUACCGGGCUCUGCUCUGUUCUGUUCUGCUCCUUCCUUUCCCCUCAUCCCACUUGACCCCCACACACCCUUAACGAGAACCCCCCCCACCGACGCUCUGGAUCAUCCCUAAUCUCCCUCCUAGUUUAAAACACCCCCAGCCCAGCCCAGCCCCAGGUGGAAAACCAAAACCCCGCUUUGAGUUUCAGCACCCACUCCCCACUCUGCUCGCUUACCCCUCCUUCAGACUACAGAGGGAGUCUUAAUUCCUGUCUGGAACAGCAUACUGCUUUGUGCCCCCCCUCCAUGGCGUGAAACCAGCAUCUCAGAAUGCCUGCACCCACACCCAGCCAGAGUGCCGCUGCACCAUCACACGCGAGGACAGUGUGAAGAUGCCAGGGUCGGAAGGAAGAUGAAAAAAGAGAAAACGUACAAGUUUAGAAAAAAAAAAAAGGACACGCACAAGUGGAAAUGGAACCUGUUUAGCUUGCUAGCCUCUUGACAUAUUGCAUUUGAUUUUUGGAUUUUGUUUGUUUUUUUUGUGCCACAUCUAUUUUUUUCUCUUUGUUGUCUCUCUUUUUUUCUCCUCUGUGGGGAUCCAGAUUGAUUUGCCAAACGUGAUUUUAUUUUUGUCUGUUCAUGUUUUCCGUCAGUGGCUUACAACAGCACACAAUCGAACACAAGAUGCCCCCCCACACACACACACUCUCACACACACACACACUCACACACACACACACACACUCACACACACACACACACACACACACCCAUAUCCAUGCACUCUCACCCACUCCCACUUACGUACACAAACAAACACAGUUGCACUUAUCUCUCUGAGAUUGGUUGUUAAGUCAUACUUACACCAUUGGUUUUUCGUGCCCCUCAACUGGAGCUAUGCUUUCGUGCAACAUGGAUUCACAUGGUGUCCUUUUUAUCUCUGUCUGUCUCUGUCUCUCUCUCAGCCAAUCUCGGCUCUUGCUUGAAGACACCCCCUUCCUUCCACUACUACCUGCAAUCCGUAUUUUAAGUGUGUAUUAUUAAAAAGAAAAUAUUUUUAUGAAUUCUUAUUCUUUUAUAAUGAGUGUAAAAUGUAGCAACUCAUUAAAGGACUGCAAACUCUUGCUGUCUGAACUAAGUGCUGAGGAACAUUUGCUAUUCUGGAGCGUGAAAGAUCAUGCAGGUUGAUGUUUUUGUGCUUGCAUGUGGCCUUGUGUGUAUUCAUAUACAUAUAACUCAGAUCGAGGGCUAAACAAGUCGCAUUUUGCAUUUUAUAUUUAUGCUUAAUCUCAUUAAAUGGUGCUGUAAUGUUAAGUAUGGUCAUGGAAUGGAUCCAAGAAUCACUCUUAGGCUGUUGAGAAUACAAUAAAAGCCAUGGCCAUCACAACAUGAGCUGGCCAUUAGUCAA